AUGUACGCUCCGCGGAAACGACUUUGUCGUCAUGGUGGCCCCUCAACUGUUGCUGGUGACGCCGCCUCAACGUCGGUUGUUCCUUAUGUUCAGAUUGCUCAUGCUACUCGUCGUGGUCGACGGCCUGGGCGGAUGAGGCUUCCAUUCUUCCUGAGACCGACCCUGAUUGUGGUGCCUUUUUUUUGGUUUUCUGAAAGGAGUAUGAAAUUAUCUACGCGUAAUCAUCCAAGGUAUAGUCGUUGUUGCAGGUCUGGUGAAGUUAUCCUAUCCUAUCCCUCUACGUUUCCAUCUGAAUACAUGGCGCUUUUUCGUAAUAACAGCUUCAUGAGGAACAUUAGGGCUUAUAAUAGUAUGUUCUCUAUGACAUCUUUUGGCGCUACUGUAGAUGAUGAAGUGAACCAUGGUCGUGGUCCCUAUGUUUUUAAGAAAAAUCUUCUGGAUGAGGGCGUCAUUAGGUUUCUGGUGUCCUUUCUCAGUGAGAAUAACGAAUAUGUACAGACGUUUAAGACUGCAAAACAGUUUGUGGAUGAGAUGAACAUCCCAUCAUAUUCAGUUCGUCUGUUUAAUGACAUUGUUGAUCGUAGGUAUGAUUUACCUACACCUGGAUCUUUAGGUUGUAUUGUUACAGGUGACACGGCUGAUGGUGAUCGUUACGACAUUGUCAUUCAUUCCAGUACAGGUCGUCCUCAGCAUAUUAGUAAUCUACACCCUACUUAUAUGCCUCUGCAUUACCCGCUUUUGUUUCCAUACGGUGAGCCCGGAUGGUGUCCGACCAUGAAGUUAGGAAACAGAACUAAUGAUGGGGCUAAAAACCUCACGGUAAAUAUGUAUUAUGCAUACCACCUUCACGAGCGUCAGUACAUAUGGUCUGCUAUUCUUAAUUCUUCCAGAUUGUUUCAGCAGUAUUUAGUCGAUGCGUUUACAUGUAUCGAGGAUAGUCGUCUCCCAUUUUAUGCAACACAUCAGGAAACCCUUCAUUCCGAAUAUGUUGGAGGCCUUUAUGAUGCAUUAUCGAAAGGUGAUAGGGAGUCUCGAGCAGUUGGAAAACGGGUAUUCCUACCAGCAUCUUUUACUGGUGGUCCACGUUAUAUGUAUAGCCACUAUCAAGAUGCUUUAGCGAUCUGUAGGGUACACGGAAAUCCACAGUAUUUCAUUACAUUUACAUGCAAUGUCAAAUGGCCGGAGAUUACACAGUAUAUGGACAUGCAUGAUCAGAGAGACCCGCAAAGCAGAGCAUAUAUCAUUGCUAGAGUAUUUCAAGCUGAAACAGAACUGCCAGAUCCAUUACUAGAGCCUCAACUAUAUGCAACUACAACAACGUUCAUGAUCCAUGAAGGUUACGUUCGCUACAAACACGGACCAGAUGCCCAACACACAAAAUCAUGUGGAAUCAUUAUCCACAAUGGAUAUGUUGUGCCAUAUAACAAGAAACUUUGUUCGAGAUUUGAAGCUCAUAUAAAUGUAGAAUACUGUGGGUGGAACAUGAUGAUUAAAUACCUUUUUAAGUAUAUCUCAAAGGGAACAGAUCGUGUCAGAUAUAUCAUUCAAAAGGAUGUAGGUGUCAAUGAUGCUGGACCAAGCAACAUUGUAAACGAACAACUGGAUGUCAUAUGUCAAGAAAAGCAACGCAUCGAUGAGAUAAAAACAUAUUUGGAUGGUAGAUAUAUUUGUCCACAUGAAGCAGCAUGGCGAAUAUUUGAUUUCCCUAUACAUCACCGAAAUCCAGCGGUUCAAGACCCGACAGGUCAUCAGCACACAUAUAUUGAGUAUCCAAAAUACUACAAAUGGGAUGGCCCUUCCAAAUCGUGGGAUAGGAGAGCAGCUGUUUCAUCUAACAUGGUUUGUGGUCUUGUAUUUGUGCAUCCAUCAUCCGGUGAAUUGGUCUACUUGCGAUCUGCAUGUAAUGCGCUUGGAAUCAUAGGGGAUGACAUUGAGUGGCUUGUUGCGUUCAAUGAUGCUUUUACAUGGGCAACACCAUUCCAGCUCCGUCUUCUUUUUUGUAGUUUGUUAUUAUUCUGUGAAGUUACAGAUCCAAACCUUUUGUGGCAAAAGGCUUAUGAAAAAAUGUCAGACGACUACAUUUAUAUAUUAAAAUCAACAUUACCUGAUAAGGCUUUCUCUGCAACAGACGAUGUAGUUCGUCAGCAAUUACUUCAUGAUCUAGAAGACACGCUCUGUUCUUCUAUUCCAGCAAGAUCACUUACUCAUUUCAAUUUGCCCAUGCCAUCACCUGUUAUGCAUACAAUUCUCCAAAAUCAACUACUCCUGGAAGAGAUGACUUAUAACAAAAGGGUUUUGGCAGAUCAGCAUGCACAAUUGCUUCCACAACUAAAUACGCAGCAGAGGCAAUCUAUGGAAAUGUUGUUUCCUGUAUAG